AUGAACAGACUCUUUGGCUCUGGAAAAAAGAUUCCCAAACCCACUUUAAAUGAUGCAAUCUCUAAUACCGAUGUGCGAGUUGACGCAGUCGAAGUCAAAGUAAAGAAACUCGAUGCCGAACUUACAAGAUACAGAGACCAGCUGAAAAAGAUGCGAGAUGGGCCAGCCAAGAAAACUGUGCAACAAAAAGCACUUCGAGUUUUAAAGCAAAAGAAGCUCUACGAAGCGCAACGUGAUAACUUGCAACAACAAUCAUUCAAUAUGGAACAAGCGCAAAUGACAACAGAGAACUUACGUAAUGUAAUGGCUACUGUGGAUGCUAUGCAGACUGCCAACAAGGAAAUGAAGAAGCAAUACAAGAAUGUAAAUUUGGACAAGAUUGACCAAUUACAAGACGAAAUGGAGGAUUUGAUGGAACAAGCAAACGAGGUUCAAGAAACACUGGGUAGAUCAUACAAUUUACCUGACGAUAUUGACGAGGACGACCUCGAAGCAGAACUGGAUGCGCUCGGUGAUGAAUUAGAAUUUGAGGACGAAGAAGUUCCGUCUUACUUGCAGGAAGAUGAGCUUGAUCUUCCCAAGACAGCCGAAACAGAUCCCAAAUUGCAACACGAUGUCAAGUUGGAUGAAUUUGGAUUGCCAGUUGCAGCAGAGGGUCCAAUGAAGGCAUAA